AUGUUGGAAACCUACAUGAACCUCAAAGCUAUAGGCUGUAAUUGGGAAGACCAUCAUCUUGAAGAACAUUUUCAAAGUAUUAGAAGACAUGAAAGGCAUGUAAGAAGAUAUACUGGAGUGAAACCCUAUGAGUGUAAUAUAUGUGGUAAAGCCUUUACAAGAUCCAGUCAUCUUAAAUAUCAUAAAACAACACAUACUGGAGAGAAACUUUAUGAAUGCAAUCAAUGUGGUAAAGCCUUUGCAAGACCCAGUUAUCUACAAGGACAUAAAAUGACACAUAUUAGAGAGAAACCUUAUGAAUGUAAUCAAUGUGGUAAAGCCUUUGCAAGACCCGGUGAUCUCCAAUAUCAUAAAAGAACACAUACUGGAGAGAAACCUUAUGAAUGUAAUCAAUGUGGUAAAGCCUUUGCACACAACAGUGAUCUCCAAAGACAUAAAAGAACACAUACUGGAGAGAAACCUUAUGAGUGCAAUCAAUGUGGUAAAGCCUUUGCACAGCGCAGUCAUCUCCAAAGACAUAAAAGAACACAUACUGGAGAGAAACCUUAUAAAUGUAGUCAAUGUGGUAAAGCCUUUGCACAGCACAGUAAUCUCCAAUAUCAUAUAAAAACACAUACUGGAGAGAAACCUUACGAAUGCAAUCAAUGUGGUAAAGCCUUUGCAGUACCCAGUCAUCUCCAAUAUCAUAAAAGAACACAUACUGGAGAGAAACCUUAUGAAUGUAAUCAAUGUGGUAAAGCCUUUGCACAGCACAGUGAUCUCCAAAGACAUAAAAGAGCACAUACUGGAGAGAAACCUUAUGAGUGCAAUCAAUGUGGUAAAGCCUUUGCACAGCGCAGUCAUCUCCAAUAUCAUAAAAGAACACAUACUGGAGAGAAACCUUAUAAAUGA